CUCCCCAUUACAAUCCCACUACUUAAUUCCCUACGUACCCUCCCUCCAAACAUCUACCCCCAAUGGCCUCCGGCCUCAUCCUCGACCCCCACAGCCUCUUCCGCGCUGCCCCCCUCAUCACCUCAACCUGCACCCUCUGGUUCGCCUUCGACCAAGACUUCUUCCUCAAUAUCUUCCUUCAUCCCUCCCACCGUCCCCACAGCGAGACACUCCUCCCAUCCUAUUUUGGCGUCUUCUUCCGCCGCGGCGUCGUGCGUGUCCUGGGCCUUCUAGCCCUGACCCUGACAGGCGGAGGAUGGAAUAUUCGGAUGCAACCCCGCCAGUCACCAUCCUGGUCGUGGUAUGUUGCCGGUACGGCGUUCGCCGCUAGUCAUCUGCUUUUUGUGCCGGCUAUUGCACCCAAAGUGCAUGCGAUCGCGGAGGAUAAGUCCCGGGGUGAGUCGACGAGGGAUCUGGAGGGGUGGUUGGCGGUUCAUCGGGUGCGGACUUGGACGGUUGAUUUGGCGGCGUGGGGGUGUUUUGUUGUUGGGAUGGUAGUGUCCCGAGAGGGAGGGAGGGGGUGGGGAGGGGAUUUGUAG